AUGGAUCAUACAUAUGGAAAUCUUUCUGGUCAUUACAUAACUUAUGGGAAUUCUUCAACAUCACAACCUUUAACUAUAUUUCGUACAAAAGAUUGGAUAAGCCCACUUUCAAAUUUAAUAGCAUGUUUGUCAUCUUGGUUCUAUAUAAGAUACGGCAAAGUUUAUUAUGAUAUAGAACUCGCACAAGGUGAUGAUUUACAAGCUCGACUUUUAUUAGGGAAUUUUGCAAUAGGUUGGAAUGAUCCACAAUGGAUUCAUCUUUCGAGAGAAUUGUUUUAUGCUACUCGUUUCGUUCCUUGUGUAUUGUUUAAAAAUAUUACGAGUUCAUUUGAUAUUGAUGAUUUAUCCAUUUUAUUCUGUAAUAGUUCACAACCUAUACCAUUAAUUAUAACGAUGCUUGAUUGUGAUUUCGAUAAAACUGUAUUGAUUCAAGCAGAACAAGCACUGAACUAUACGGCACAAGCUCCAGAAGUUGACUAUUCAAUUGGAAAUAAAAAAGGUAUGUUAAAAUUAAAAAAAAAGACAAUUGAAUAUUUUCGUUUAAAAUCCUUCAUCGUUGUAGGUCAUUAUAUUUGGCUUAGUAAUUCAGAUUCAUUACAACCGGGUGGUGCUGGCUAUUUAAGCACAUAUUUCUUUCGUUUCACAUCGUCUAAUCCUAUAUAUUGUCUCAGUUUUCAAUAUUAUAGAUUUGGACUUACCUUCGAAACAAGUAGACUUACAGUAUUAGCUUUAAAUGAAAAAGAUCAAAAGUCUGUUGCACGAAUUUGGUCUAUUAAUCCAAUCAAUUAUACUUAUAAAAAUCAACGAUGGUCUUGGGCAUAUGCUCCAUUACCUGUAGGCAACUAUUCUCUUCUAUUUCGUAUAGAUUCAGAUCAUGAAGUGAAUAGUUCAUUUGCAAUUGAUUCAAUUUCUAUUAAGUCAUGUGGAUAUCCUCAAAGAUAUUUUUCUAGUACUUCAAAUAUUGAAUUUUCCUGUGAUUUUGACAAUCUUGAAAAUCCAACAUGUGAUAUACAAAACGAUUAUACAGAUAUUCAUCCACAAUCUGUAAUUAACUACACUAUACAAUCACCGUAUAAUAUCAAUGAUCAAGAUCUUGGUCCAAGACAAACAACAGGUGUGAGUGGUGAAUAUUUUCUUUAUUGGUCACGCUCUCAACAGACAUUACUAACAUUGAUUAAUGGACAAUUUAGAACACCUUUAAUAGAAACAAAUAGAGAUAUGUGUAUUAGAUUUGCUUAUUUUGUUAACUCGACAAAUGUUCUACCAAAUGAAAAAAAUACGAAGAUAGAGAUUUCUACUUGUGAUUGUCAGAAAGCAAUUCUUUGGUCUAUUGAAUUAGAUAACAGUCUUGGAUGGCAAUUAGUCACUAAGUCUUUUUAUCCUACCGCUUGUACGGAGGCAAUAUAUUUUCGUGUUACUCAACGACGACCAACACGAGUAGCUGUUGCUUUUGAUGAUAUUACUAUUGUACAAUGUGGUACAUUGAAUGUAUUAACUACUAUUAUACCAUCACUGACUAUGCCUCCUAGCAAAACCUCAUCGAAUUAUAUAAAUUCAAUUGUUUUGAUUAUUAUUGUAAUUUUUAUGUUGCGUUUACGACUAUCGUAUGAAUAA